GCAAAGCCAGGGCCAGGCCUGUGCGGGUGUCUGAGGGGUGACGUCUCUGGCCAGGGAAACAGCAGAUCUCUCUUCAUUGCGGGAGAGCUCUGAGGCGAGGCGGGAGAGCGGGACGUCCCGCCGGAUGCCAGCCACACAAGUGCUGCUGGCGGCCUGGCCAGCUGCACCCCGGCGCCCCCGUUCCCUUCUGACCACGGUGCACGACGCCACCGGAGCCGACACACCGAGGCCCCCUGAGGAGCCAUAUCCUGAGCAGGCCAACGGGUCUCUCUUGGACGGAGCCUCCGCAGCCCGCUCUCUCCAGCCGAUUAAAUUCAACCCCACAGUGAGACAGAUCGUAAUUAACGAGCACAAAGACUUCACGUUUAACUGCUCCAUUAAGGUGCCUCAUGCCUUGCUCAACCACGACUCUGCCGUCAUUUCCUUGUGGAAGGAUGGGAAGGAGCUGCAGGAGCCAGGCCGCAUGUCCACUCGCUACUACCAGGUGAUGGACGAUGAGGAAAUAACCAUGAUCUCUACCUUCAGCAUCACCAAUGCUCAGCGCUCUGAUAACGGGUCCUACAGCUGCAAACUGAAAAUCCACAGUGAGGAAAUCGUGUCCGACCCUAUCUUUGUCCAGCUGGAAGGCCUCCCCCACUUCCUUCGGCAGCCCCAGAGGCUGAACGUUACCAGGAACCAGCCAUUUAACCUGACGUGCCAGGCGGUGGGGCCGCCCGAUCCAGUGGAGAUUUAUUGGGUUUGGAACAGCAGCAGAGUGAGUGACCAGCCGCACAUGUCCCCCUCCGUCCUGACAGUGCCAGGUCUUAACGAAACUGCCGUGUUCAGCUGUGAGGCUCACAACAGCAAAGGACUCACUACAUCAAACGAAGUGCAGAUCAACGUAAAAGGCGCUCCAGCCGCGCCGGCCGACGUGCGUGUCCAGAACAGAACAGCUCAUGGCUUCGUGGUGUCCUGGGUGCCAGGCUUCGAUGGCUAUUCGCCUCUGCACAGCUGCCGCCUCCAGGUCACAGAGGCGGAUCCCCAGAGCAACGGCUCGUCUUGGACCUGGAACACCUCGGUGCCGCCUCAUCUCCAUCGCCUGCAGCAGCUGCAGCCCCUGGCAGAGUACCGCAUCCGGGUUUCCUGCAGGAAUGAAAUUGCCUGGUCUUUGUUCAGCCCCUGGAUCCCGGCCAACACCACCGAGGGAGCCCCAUCUGCUCCCCCUCGGCAUGUCAACGUGUCGGUCAAGUCCAGCUCCUCCCUGAGAGUCACGUGGGUCAAGCCCCCCCUUGGACGAGAGCACGGAGACCUGCUGCGCUACAAGCUCCUGCACACGUGGCAGGCCGCAGCGGUGACGAAGAAUCUCUCUUCCGAAGCCGAGCCCAACGCCACGGUGGCCACCGUUCCCAUCUGGGCCACUAACGCCACGUACACUGUGCGCGUCGCGGCCGUCACCACGGGCGGGAUCGGGCCCUUCAGCGACCCAGAGACCCUUUUCGUUGAGGGGGACGGUCUGACAGCCACUGCCCCAUCCUCGAGUCCCGUGCCGGGGACCAGCCAUUCCUUGGCCAUGGUGCUGGGCUUUGCCGGGGCAACCGCCACCCUGGGGCUAGUCCUGUAUUUCUUGGUGGUUAUCCGGAAAAGACGGAUGGAAACCAAGUUUGGGAACGCUUUCUGCAGUGACCAAUCGGAGCUCGCCGUCAGCUACACCGCCAAGAAGUCCUACAACCGGCGCGCCGUGGAACUGACCCUGGCCAGCCUGGGCGUCAGCCAGGAGCUGCAGCAGAAGCUCCAGGACAUUGUGAUCGACAGGGAUUCGCUGGCCCUGGGGAAGAUCCUGGGAGAGGGAGAGUUCGGGUCGGUGAUGGAGGGGCGCCUCAGCCUGGCUAGCGACACCGUGGAGAAAGUGGCCGUGAAAACCAUGAAGCUGGAGAACUUUUCCCAGCGAGAGAUCGAAGAGUUCCUCAGCGAGGCGGCCUGCAUGAAGGACUUCGAUCACCCCAACGUCAUCAGACUCCUCGGUGUGUGCCUAGAGCUGAGCUCCCGGCAGAUCCCGAAGCCCAUGGUGAUUCUCCCAUUCAUGAAAUACGGCGACCUGCACAGCUUCCUGCUGCACUCGCGGCUGGAAACGGGCCCCCAGCAGGUGCCGCUGCAGACCUUGCUGAAGUUCAUGGUCGAUAUCGCGCUAGGGAUGGAGUACCUGAGCGCACGGCAUUUUCUCCAUCGAGAUUUAGCGGCUCGGAACUGCAUGUUACGGGACGACAUGACUGUGUGUGUUGCGGACUUUGGCUUGUCGAAGAAGAUCUAUAGCGGGGAUUACUACCGCCAGGGGCGCAUUGCCAAAAUGCCUGUCAAGUGGAUUGCAAUCGAGAGCCUGGCUGAUCGGGUGUACACGACCAAGAGUGACGUGUGGGCGUUUGGCAUCACAAUGUGGGAGAUAGCCACCCGAGGGAUGACUCCCUAUCCAGGCGUGCAGAACCAUGAAAUCUAUGACUACCUCCUUUAUGGUCACCGGUUGAAACAGCCAGAGGACUGCUUAGAUGAGCUGUACGAAAUAAUGUUCGCCUGCUGGAGAGCAGAUCCCCACGAUCGGCCGGCAUUCCCCGAGCUCAGACUCCGCCUGGAGAAGCUAUCGGAAAGUUUGCCCAGCGCGAGGGGAUCCGAAGACGUUAUUUAUAUCAACACGAGCUUGCCAGAGGAGAGCGAGGCGCUGACGGAAGAGUCCGGAUUCCCUCAGAUAGACCUGGCUCUUGAGCCCUGCUACGUAAUCGCAGAGUCCUUUUCCCCCAAGCCAGACGCCACGGUUGUCACCGUGGACGUCCAUCAAAGCAGGCAGCAGGAGGAAAGGUAUGUCCUAAAGGCGGUGACGGAUGAACAGACUGCCAGCUCCGUGCCUCUGGAGGAGGGGUGCACGCCUCUUCUGCAGGGCACCGGCGCCCAGAACGGCAUCACGUGGUUACCGGCCAACAUGCUGCUGGGCAGCUCGUUAGCAGACGAACUGCUGUAUGCAGAUGACUCUUCUGAGGACUCUGAAAUUCUGCUGUGAAAGGAGAACAGGAGAAAUGAGCUAGUGGGGACCAGCAGUUUGCAGCGGAGGUUUCGCUCGGCGUAUUUGUGUCUUGCGGAAGUACCAUUACAGGGUGGCUGGGCCAGUCGAGCUGUCUGGCAAGUGGCUAUGGAAACACAAGCUAUCUGAACUUGUACAAAGUGGUGCCGUAGCAGCUCGCGCUCUCCGCCACCGCGCCUCUUGCUGGUCGAUCCGGGAAUUCGCUCUUCUCCAGCUUCCCAGCCCCUUUCCUGGCCAGUGUCUCGCCUCUCUGCCCUUAUCUGCAAUUCUCCAGGUUCUCCACCACGUGGUGCCCCUUCCCGUGGGUACUGCCACGUGGCAGUGUCCAUGAUCUGGGGUCCUCCCCUCCCAGGGAACCCCAUUACCCCUAAACCGCCACUUGCCUCAGUGCCCCACUGCCAUUUAUCUAGCCCCUUCCCUCAGGGGCAAACUGCAAUCUGAAGGGGUCGCUUUAUCAUUGACCAGCAUGGUUGGACCUGCUGCCAUUCCUGCCUGGCUGCCCCGUACCUCCCCAGGCUCCCGUCGCUGGGCCUCAGCCUGGGGGUUAUUCAGGGUUAUUCAGAGCUCCCCAGCUUGGCCUGCCUUUCCCCCGUACCCGUAGCUAGUAGGCAGCUAGAUCCAUCUCGCUCCUCAGCAGGGCUGAGACUGAGCUCCCUUUACCUGGCUAGCCUCCUUAGGUGUCUAACCGGGCCCUGAUUGGCUGUUCCGAGCCUUUUCCCAAUUGGCUCCCAGCCUCAGCCCUCCCCCCAAGGCUUUUUUAACCCUUUUUGUGCCAGUGUAGGGCAACUGCCCCAUCACAUUUGUCUGUGUCAGGGGUCUGCAACCUAGGGCUCUAGAGCCAACUAUGGCUCAGUACGGAACCAAACAUGGCUCUUCUGUCAUUCCCAAAAUACACACAACUUUUUAAAUUACAAUGAAAAAUGAAUUCACGUUUUUAAAAACAUGUAAUUACUCAUGUCAAGAUGAUUUAUUUGUAUCAAUUUCAUCUUUAAGUGUUUGUUUUAACAACCAUCCAUCCUCUCUGCUCAUUGGAGGUUGUGCAUAUUCUCUUUUUAUUUGAUUGGUCAAGAAAUCUUUCCAUCAUCCAACGUGAUGGUGAACUCUGUAACCUCCAACAGUAAAAAUGGGGAAGAAAAAGAGAGAUGCUGAGUAAUGAAAUUUUCAGAGGGAGUGGAUGGACUUGUCUGCAUUUGUGGAGAGGUCUGAAUUUCCACACUGUCUCAUUUAUAGCGAGAGACUGUUCGCAAACAAAAAACCCAAAUUUAAUGACAAAAUAUGUAGAAUUUGCUACAAAAUACCCCGAGGGUGACACAUGAAAAAAAGCCUGCGAGAAGCUGCAGCGAAAAAUGAACAGUGGACAAAAUUGCCUACUGGCAUGGUCAAAAAAAUAUGGGAGCUUAAACUCUGCAAGUUUGGGGGCUCAUACAGCGUUAUUCGGGAGGGGGAGCCUUUCACUGAUGGGGAUUAUGUUAAGAGAUGCAUGCUAAAAAUUGGUCAAUUAUUUGACGAGUUUCACAACAAGGACAAAAUCUUACAGAAAUUUCAAGACAUGCCAUUAUCAGCAGAACCAGUUCACGACAGAGCUGUGAUUAGUGACAAAUUGAUCAGUGACAAAUGCAAAAUUUGAAUACAGCUACUUAUUUUUCAUUUGCUUUGGACAAAACAACUGACAUGUGGUGUUCAUCAGUUGUGUAUUCUGGGAUGCUAUAUUUGUGAAAAUCUGCACACAAAUAAUUGAGUGAGAUAUUACCAAUGAAAAAUCAAACAAGGGGCGAAGACACCCUUAAAACUGUGAUGACCUUUGUAAACGAGAAAGAAAUACCGUUGGAUAUAAUCUUGUGUCUGUGUGUAUGGACAGUGCACCUAGCAUUGUCGGCAAAUACAGGGGAUUCCUUACUCUUGUCAGAACAGUUGAACCGCCCACUUUGGAACUUUCGUUGCCUAGUGCAUCAGGAGUCUCUCUGUGUGCAAUUUUGUGGAACCGAACUCGGAAACGUAACAGGAUUGGUCCUUCGCAUUGUAAAUUGGAUUCUUGCUCGAGCCUUUAAUCACCGUCAAUUUCAGUCGCUGCUGGAGAAAGUAGAUUCUGAAUAACCCAAUCUACUAAUACACAGUUUUCACUGGUUAUCUCGUACCUAAGUUUUGUCGCAUUUUGCCUCCUGCAUUAAUGAGAUUGUCAUUUUUUUAUAUGAAGGGUGUCAAAUACCCCAGCUUUCAGACUGUGAAUGGUUGCUCAAGUUUUGCUAUCUCGUUGACAUUACUGGUCGUUUGAAUGAGUUGAACCUUCAGUUACAAGGGCAAAAAUAUACAGUCCUGAUUCUGUAGCAGGCAUUGUUUGGAUUGAGUCAUAAUUGACUGUCUUCAUCAAAGAUACCGAGAAGGGCAGACUGGCACAUUUUGAAAAAUUACUAAUGUUUCGUGAUUGCUCGACAAUUGGCAAAACUGCACAAAUUGGCAAACAAAUGGGCUGACAUGAAGAAAUUGGAGCACGAUGAUAAUCUGAUUCUGCAAACCUGGCACAAACUUCCUGUCACAUACACCACCAUGCAGCCUGUCAGCGUGGCCUUAUUUUCAAUGUUUGGCUGCACCUACAUAUGUGUGUAGGCUUUCUCUCAUUUGAAUCACAUCAAGAUUGACGGAAGACUGCCUGAAUGUGUGCACGAAGCUAAAUUUGACCAGUUAUUAUGUAAACUUCAAAGAAAUGUGCGGAAAGAUGCAGCAGUAAAUAAAGUCUUUGAGUACAAUUUUUCAUUUAUGCUAUUAUUAAUGAUCAUGGCAAUUAUUAGUAAUACUAAGUUGUAUAUUUUCAGUCAUGAAAAUGAACAUUCUUAUAUGGCUCUUUGUUGACCACUUUGUUCUUAAUUUUGAUGUCGUUUGGCUCUUGGGUUUGAAAAGGUGCUGACUCCUGGUCUGUAUCAAGUUACACCAGAGAGUUUGAGGGAUUAUGUUUUAAUAAAUCACAACCUGUGA